CCCUUCUUCUAUCAUCACAGUGGACGAACAAGUGGAGAAAUCAUGAAUCACCAGUGAGGGCCUUACAUUGAAGCCUUUAUUGUUGGUUGUAGAUAGCUUAGUUGCUGUCUCCAUUAGCUCCUGUAGCGUUUUUGAAACGGAAGCAAGGGCAACGAGUUAAAAAUUUUUUUUAAUACAACAGAACUGUUCUUUUAUUUUUUGUGUGUGUGGCUUCAGCGUCAGCUAGCUAAACCAACUAGCCUCAGUUAAACUUGCACUUUUUUGUGUACUAUGGCCGACAACGGGGCGCACCUGACCGAGGAAGAUCCUGCGGCGGCUUUCCUGGCCCAACAGGAAAGUGAGAUUGCGGGGAUCGAGAAUGACGGAGAAGGGUUCGGGGUGCUGGAAGGAGCGGACGACGUGCAGCCUUCUCAGACAGCAAACUAUGACUUUGAAGAGGAGCCUGCGACGGUGAACGGAGACUUUUUCCAGGAGUCUAAUGGCCCAACAGACAGCUAUGCAGCCAUUGCCCAGGUGGACAUUCAGAGGCAAGAACCAGAAAGUUUGCGCAAGUGGAAGGAGGAGCAGAAGGCUCGCCUCGAAGCAUUAGACUCGGCUUCCAAGGCAGCGGAGGCAGAGUGGAGAGAGAAGGCCAAGAAGGAGCUGGAGGACUGGCAUGUCCACCAAAACGAGCAGAUGGAGAAGAAUAAGGCCAACAACAGACUCUGUCCAAGUCUGGCACGGAUUGCUGACAAGGCUUUCUACAAACAGCCCAACUCUGAUGUUAUAGGCUUUGUAGCGUCCGAGGAGGCCUUCCUGGCGGAGACUGACGGCGACAGCCCUGGAUCCGAGUGGGAACGAGUGGCGCGCCUGUGCGACUUCAAUCCCAAAACCAGCAAGCAGGCGAAGGAUGUCUCCCGAAUGCGCUCCGUUCUCAUCUCUCUAAAACAGACACCUUUAGUCCGCUAGCCGGAGCGCUUCGGAGAAUGUUCUCGGCAACAUCGCCUUUUCGGUUUUAGCGACACGUUGUAUCCAAAUGAUUUUAGUUCCUUUUCCAAAAGAAUUCCCUGACAUGUUAAAAACCUUUUAAAACUUCCUGCCUUUCUUGAUGCCUAUAUAUUGAUAUACUUAACCUGAGGCUGCUGUGAGAAGACGGACUGCUCUGUUACACCUUUCUAGUGUCUGCUUUAAUGUCACUAUACUGAAGAAAAUACUGUUACUGUAAGUAAAUGGGUUUUUUCCCCCCCCCUCUUUAACUUAUAAUUUUUAGGCCAACUUUGUUUCUAUCAAUAUUUUUGAAUGCCUAGUUUUUAUUCAUUCUUUAAAUUAACAUUUUGGUCAGAUGCUUACUAAAUGCAAACUAGAUUGUAUCCAUUUAUGCCUCUCAUCAAUUUAUAACCAUGAAUCACAAAUGUUCACGUUUUAUUUGGCAUGAAAUCACUAAUUACUUUGGUUCUAGGUAGCAAACAUGUUUUGUUUUAUUUCACAGACAUACGCUUGUGGCCUUUCUGAUCUCGCUUAGAGUAUUAAGCCAGAUAGUUUUCUCACUGAUGAGGCUUUUUUUUUUUUUUUACUUUGCAAAAAAAAAAAGAAAAAAAAGGUAAGACUCACAACCAAAGACAUCUGCUACAGUCUGAAUUUAGAAAUUAAAAUGUGCACUUUUUUUGUUUCACUUAUCUUUCUCUCCAUCUUUGUGUUACACCAGCACACAAAACGUUAAAUACAGGUAUUCAUUUCAACAGUGAUGUCUGCAUUGUUCACAUGUUGCCUAUUUGGAAAUGAACAAAACGCCGAAUGUUUAAAGGGACGCGGAAAAUUAAAAACGGGUGGAAUCUGCAGAUCACUUAAUUUAACUUCAAAUAUUCUCCUGCUGAGCUUGUUGCCAUUUCAUAAACCUUGGAGAUGAUCACUUGAAUAAAGUCAUGUGUAGCCCAGAA